AUGUGGAGAUUGGGCUGCAAAUCUUUGGAAAAACUUGGUUUUAAUAGGCUGAUGAGAUACGCAAGAACACUACUCCGUUCCGGGACAUUUCUGGCCAGAGCUGCUGUUUUGACAGCUCGGCCCACUGUGCACAGCCGCGUGGUGCAAAGGGCGCCUCUGACACAGCAGAGCGUGCGCUGUAACUCCAUCUCAGCCAGGACCGAUGGCGCUGACAUCCCGGAGAGCGUGCGAAACCUCACAAUGGAACAGUACGAUACAAGUGCAAGCGAGACGCUGGAAUCUAUCUACUGCGAUCUGGACGAGUUCUUCGACGAGCACAACAUCGCGGACGCCGACGUCGAGGAAAGCGUAAGUAUAUCCAGGCCCAUGCAACUAACUCCAGGCUGGCAUAUUGACGCUCAACACCCCACAGGGCUCGUAUGUGCUCAACAAGCAGCCGCCUAA